AUAAAGUUUAGUUGGAACUGAGGCAAGCAAGCUGUUGAAGAAAGAAACAAGCAAGGGUGGUGGGCUAACUCCAAGAAAUGGGUGAAACUGAGGUUGACAGGAAACAGCCCUUGACUUUUAUUCUGUCACUCUAUAUACCAAUAUUCACUAUCCUAGAUCUACACACUAUUGCAUGCCUGACCUUAUUUGGAGAUUCUAGUGAGAAUACUGAAACAGGUGGUCUGAUUGUAGGACUGACCAAUCACCAAUGUGUCAAUCACAUUCCCCAGUGUGUCAUACACACUGAUCAAUGAAAGCAACAAAGAUCCAACACGCCACUAACUCAACACCAUAUGCAUACUGGCUGGUGUCACUAGAACUAAUCCUGGCGAGCGAGUACGAGCAGUUCAUUUGUGCGUAUUUAGAAUCACGUAACAUUACGAUUUGUGCAGUGCCCGUCACAUAGAAAGUCCCCAAAUUCGGAUGACUAGUUAGACUCGCUUCGUUUGCCAAUUACCACACUGCUAAUUGAUGGGCUGGCCAAUCCCAGGCACUCCAGCCUACGUCUGCACAUUGCAAAAAGAAAAAAAACACACACUUGCAAACCAAGUAGUCCGGGGAAACGGCUGUGAUCCACUGUGAGGCAGUCGGAGGACCCAACCUUGUCCUCUCCUGGUUCAGGACCCCUCUGGAGUCUGAUACCCCUAUCACCGAGGUACGUACCCCUACCCCAAUACUCCAGUCACUGAGGUAAGUACCCUAAUACCCAGUCAUUGGGGGUCAGUACCCCAAUACCCCAGUCAAUGAGGUCUACCCCAAAUACCCCAGUCACUGGGGUCAGUACCCCAAUACUCCAUUCACUGGGGUCACACUCAGUACCCCAAUACCCCAGUCACUUGGGUCAGUACCCCAAUACUCCAUUAUGUCCACCACUAUCUCGUGAGUGGUUUACAAUAUUGAUUACACUUCACAACACAUGCAAAAUAGUAUCUACCAAAAUAGUAGUCCUUGGGUUGCUUCUUCAUAAUUGUCAGUCCUCGUGACCAGGGAGGCAACUUUUGUUUGAAUACUCCGGUAAAAGAACUUAUGACAAAUGUUUUUUGGCUGCUACUGCCUUCUUCAGUAGUCAUAUUUUGCAUUAAAGGAGGCAACUAAAACGUUAGUUCAUAAGUAUUUGACCAGAGUAUUCGAUGGAACCAUAGAAUAGCCAUGACUCUGGAUAGAUUUUUGCAGAGAACAUGUUGCCGAUGGCAACCAAACAAUAUGUUCAAUGGUCUACUAAGCUCUUACAUUAUUACUUCCUCCCUCAGCUGUUCCCCAGUGAGAGAGUGGUGAUAUCGCCACGGGAACUGACCUUCGACCUGAAGAGGAGGGGUUCUAUUUCUGCAUGGCCAAGAAUGAGCUGGGAGAAAUCACCAGUCGCUCGGGGCAACUCAACGUUUGGAACUACCUCAUCGACACCACUCUGACAGUGGUGGAGGGAGAGGCUCUGUAUGAACUAUCCUGUGGAGUCCCAGACUCCGCCCACAGCACCAACGUGCGGUGGACUCAGGGGACACGCCCCCUCCCAUUCUCCCCCUCCAUCAUCCCAUUUGGAGCCCGCCUCCUCUUCACUACAGUACAGUCCGCCCACCAGGGAGAGUAUACCUGCACUUACAAUGGCAGCACGUUCAAUGUCUUCCUCAAUGUCCUCGUGGCCCCUACCAUUAUCAACCAAACCCCAAGUCUCAGUCUGUCAAGAUAUGAUCCUCUGGCUCUGUACUGUCAAACUACUGGCAACCCAAAACCACUAGUGGUGUGGUUCUUGAAUGGAGAGCCAGUUGACGGCCGUAGUGUCCAGGCCACGCCUCUUGCCACAGGGUCUCUCUACCUCCACCCUCCUCUGCCCCCCGGGGACACCAUCGCCACAUGUGAGGCCAGCAACCAUCUGGGAGUGGUCCGGAGCACUACCGUCAUCACUGCCUCCUAGACUAGCACCGUGACUGACAGAGAACCUUUCAUUGUGGUACAAUUGAUGAUGCAAUCGUUGAUACUUGUGUUUUCACUUGUCAAAAGUAACGGCACACAGUGUACUGUAUUGCACUUCAAUAUGGCAAAUGUCCAGUUGUACUGCUGCAUGCAGAACAUACCAAAGGAGGUGUAGUAGUGCCUA